AUGCCACGCCAUGCCGCCGUUGUGUGGCGCUGCCUCCGCUUGGCUCUCACUGCGGCGCUGAUAGCGGCGCUCUCGCUAGCGUCAUCCGAGGAUGCUCCGGUGGAGAACAAGCUAGGUCACGGGCCCUGGCCGUGGCAGACCUGGAUCGUCGCCACUUUAUUCGUGCUGAUCUGCGGCUGUGGACAACUCCUCUGCUGCUUUGGCUGCCUGAAAGCUGGGUGGGAGCGGGGAGACUUCCAACUUGGCGGUCCAUACACGCCCCUCUCGCAGAAGGAGUUCGUGUCUGAAGCCAACGAAUACCGACCGGAUCACGAGAAGAUUGGGCGAGUGGUGCGGCAGGAAAUGCGGCUGAUGCUGCUGUAUCCCCUGAUCUCCAUCCUGGCUUCGGUUGACAGCAGCUGUGAGAAGGGGAUGCCACUCUGGGGGUACGCGCUGUACGUCCCUCUACUCCUCCGUGCCAAGUGGAUAGAGAUCAAGAUCCUCCGCGCGCUAAACGAGUCCUGGAGCCACAUCUUCCUGGCCCCCGGCCUCUGGCUCGGAUGUCUGGAGCAUGCCGAUUGGUUCACGGACGGGGCGCUUCCAGUUCAGGCAUACCUCUGCGGUCCCACCGUAACAGAGCGCUUUGCGGAGAGCUUUGAGCUCUCAUGGGCCUGGCCCCUGGCGCCCAUCGUCCGGAUGCUGCACUUCUGGGGUCUUCUUACUGUCGUGCUCAGCUUCGCAGCCUUGUCCCAGCAGCUGCUGGGGAGCGCGGACCAUGGGGACUGCCAUGACCUGGCAGCCGAUGUGCCUGGCUUCGGCGCAGUGGCCAAUUGGUACGAAGAGUUCGAGCAGGACCACGGCUGGAAGCAAGCGGCCGAGGACACCGGCUGCCUGUCGGAGCGUGCGCUCCUGACCUCCGUCUCGAAGGUUUUCCUGGAAAACGUGGCGCAGCUGUGGCUGCAGGCCAGCUUCUUUGCACUGAUCUUCGGGAGGUUGCACCACACCGGCAAGGUGAAGCUUCUGAUCUCCAUGGGGCUGGGCCUGAUUAGCUGCGUCUGCAAGACGCUACCCAUGGCUGUUGGCCUUUGCAGGGCGAUGGUCUCGGGCAGCGUCGGCCCCGAGGUGGGCUUCAUCGUGCUGUCGUGCCAGCUUUUCGCCAUUGUGGGCGUCGCGUGGACCGUGGCGAAGCUCUUCAACUCCUUCCAGUGCCCCUCGCACCUCUGGAAUCUGACCAGUGGCUGCGUGCCGCCAGGGGUCCUGACCGCCGGGUAG